CAAACAAUGUAACUCCAGGAUCUACUGAGUAAUAGCAGCUUACUGAUUAAAGUCCUGGUCCUCCUUAUUGCCAGAUCAUCCCUGCCAACUGUAAAAACUAUCUUAUUAACACACAAUCACAUGAUUGUAUAGUUUGAAACAGCAGUAAUUAUGCUGAAUGGGCAUAUUUAGCUCAGCUCCUGUCUUUAAUAAUUCAUUUAUUUAAACCUUUGAUCCUACUCUGUGGUUCAAGGGUUAACUCUCUGUUAUCCAACAUCCAGUCCCUCACUCUGCAGACAUUCACUUAGAGUCUUGGUGACACUUCAGCUCACUGCCUUCAUCUAAGGGUGAGACUUCAGCUCACUGCCUUCAUCUAAGGGAAUCUAAUGGAUCUGAAAGGGUACUUCAACAGGAUCGGGUUUACCGGCCAAUAUGACAAACCCGACCUGGACACUUUACGCACUAUCCACAAGCUGCAUGUUAUGAAAAUUCCAUUUGAGAACCUCAGCAUCCACUGUGGAGAGAAGAACACGACAGACCUGAACAUCAUCUAUGAUAAAUUAGUCAAGAGCAAUCGGGGAGGCUGGUGUUGUGAAAACAACCUCUUGUUCUCAUGGGUCCUAAAAGAGAUGGGUUACAAAUACACCACACUAGGCUCCAAGGUGUUCAGCAAGUUCCAAAAUGAUUUCUACCCCGUAGACUCUCAUCUCAUCAAUCUGGUGGAGAUUGAUGGGAAGCCUUACAUUACUGAUGUGAGCUAUGGAGUGUCAUGCCAACUGUGGUAUCCCUUAGAGAUGAUCUCGGGUAAAGAUCAGCCGCAGCCUCCCGGUGUGUUCCGCCUGCUAAACGAUGGGAUGAGGUGGGUUCUGGAGAAGACAUCAAGAAAGCAAGUGGUCAAAGAUAAGGCCUAUGCUAAUUCCAGCCUCCUUGACCAUCGUCUGAUUAAAAAAAUGUAUUGCUUCCCAUUAACACCCCGUAAUAAAGAGCAUUUCGUGGAGACGCUGGAUUGCCUGCAGACCAGUCCAGAUUCUCGGUUUGUGCUGAAGUCCAUUUGCUCCCUUCAGACGCCUAAAGGCUUCAGAGCUCUGAUUGGCUGGACUUACAGUGAGAUAACCUACAACCCAGAGGAGGAUUCUGACAUGGUGGACAUGAAGGAAAUUCCUGACUGUGAAAUAGAGGCUGUGUUGAAGGAAAAGUUUAACGUGGUGUUAGUUAAUAAGUUCACACCUAAAAAUAACAAAGCUAAUUAUUGCAUGUAAUGCUCAAAAGCAGUACUGACCUGUAAGUUAUACUUGUCACUAGACAGGGAAAAAUAUUAAUCCAUUUCAUGCCUAAUGCUUUUUCAUGCCCUCAGAAUUAAAUUAAAAUAAUAAUAAAAAAAGAACUAUCUAUAAAAUAUUGAAAUAUGUGCAAUUUAAAGGAUUAGUUCACUUUCAAAUUAAAAUGACCCCAAGCUUUACUCACCCUUAAGCCAUCCUAGGUGUAUAUGACUUUCUUCUUUCUGACGAAGACAAUCGGAGAAAUAUUAAUAAAUAUCUUGACGCAUCCAAGCUUUAUAAUGGCACUAUGCGUUACCAAAUGAGUAUGAGCUGAAGAAAGUGUCUCCAUCCACAUCCAUCUAUCAUAAACAUAUUCCACAUGGCUCCGGAGGGUUAAUAAAGGCCUUCUGAAGUGAAGCAAAAAAAAAAAACAUAUUUAUUUAAAAAACAUAUUUAACAAGUUAUGAAGUAAAAUAUCUAGCUUCCGCCAGACCUCCUUCCGUAUUCAAAUUACGUAAAAAACAGAACGCGUUGCGUCAGUUAUGCAAAUUGAAUAGGGAAGGCGUAGGACGUACAGCGUAAGCUUUUUGAAGAACACGGAAGGCGGUUUGGCGGAAGCUACAUAUUUUACUUCAUAACUUGUUAAAUAUGGAUAUUUUUUUUUUACACAAACGCAUCGCUUCGCUUCAGAAGGCCAUUAUUAACCGUCCAGAGCCGUGUGGAAUAUGUUUAUGAUGGAUGGAGACACUUUCUUCAGCUCAUACUUGUUUGGUAACACAUACUGCCAUUGUAAAGCUCGGAUGAGUCAGGAUAUUUAUUAAUAUUUCUACGAUUGUGUUCGUCAGAAAGAAGAAAGUCAUAUACACCUAGGAUGGCUUGAAGGUGAGUAAAUCUUGGGGUAAUUGUCAUUUGAAAGUGAACUAAUACUUUAAAUGUCUCUUAAACAGCCGUCAAUGGAGAAAGAUGCUAAUGGCUGCCAAAUGGUGUAGUAUAGGGACUGACAGAGGUAUAAUAAAACGCACAACCUUGAUCACUUAGAAAAAACAAACAAAAAAAAAACACACUUCCUUGAAAGAUUUUUUUUUUUUUUUUUUAAGAUGACACUGCUCUUGCUAAUAAGAGCAGAGUUUCUGUGAAUGCUUAGUGCAUGCAGAAGUGAUCCUGUGUCGCAGAGUUUCUUAGGAUUUCUCAAAAUAUUUAACAUGGACAUUGAAUCAGUGUACUACUAAAUAUUACAAAUGAUUGACUCAUGUUUGUCUGACAGAAACAUGCUUAAAUACAGCUCCAUAGUUUGUGUUGACAACAAUGAAAUUAAUUACUGUCUGUCGAAAGAAUCAACAUGUAGGUGAUAUUGAGAAACCAUUAAUAAAUGAACUGCACAUUUUA